UUUCAGUUCUUCCUCCAGUUCAUCGCCAGUAGCCGCAGCACACAAAAACGCAUACACAGACACACCCAAGGUUUCCACUUGCAACUAUCUUCUACGGAACUGCCAACUAUAUAUACAUUUUUCAGAAUUAUAAAAAGAUAAAUUCAGCUAGGGUUUGCACAUGGUUGCUAUUGGUUCAAAAGCUCUGCCAUUAAGAAGAGCUAAAAGUUCCUAUUCGAUACCUGAAUGCGGAAUGGCCUGGGAGGAUAAUAGUUAUUAUCAGGGUGAAAGAAGAAGAAACAUGAGUAGAAAGUCGAUGAAGAAAAAUAAAGGGGUUGAUGGUGACAACUCCGGUAAAAAUAGUUCUGGUGGUGCAUCGAACGAAACUUACAAUUCGAAUAGUCACUCGAACGUUCAAGACGCUUCAGUGCCUCAUACGUCGUUUUUAAGACAACAGGUUGAUCCAGAAACAGCGAAAUACUUCACUGAAAUUGCAAAUGUCAUCGAAGGUAGUGAAAUUGAUAUGGAGGAACGAUCGUCUAUUUGUGGAAAUGCUUUGGAAGAAACUAGAGGGAAAGAAGUGGAACUUGCGACUGAUUAUAUUAUAAGUCACACUUUGCAAAGUCUUCUUCAAGGGUGUGCUUUGGACCAACUUUGUAAUUUCCUUCAAAACUGUUCAAAAGAUUUUCCCCGCAUUUCUAUGGAUAGAUCUGGAUCUCAUGUAGCUGAGACAGCUCUGAAGUCUUUAGCUGCACAUCUUCAGGAAAGCGAGGACCAAUCUCUUAUUGAAGUGACUUUAAAUGAAAUAUGCCAGGCAAUUGUUCUCAACCCUGUUGAAGUGAUGACAAAUUGUCAUGGAUCUCAUGUUCUUCGAAGUUUGCUUUGUCUUUGUAAAGGGGUGCCAUUAGAUUCAUCAGACUUCCAUUCUAAGAAGUCAUCUGCCGUUCUUGCACAACGGUUAAAUUUCAAGUCUUCUCGUUCAGAUGGGAAUGGAUUUCAGGGGAAGCAGAUGGGAUUUCCUGAUAUGCUAAAGUUUCUUGUCUCAGAGAUACUUAAAGCGGCCAGAAAAGAUAUUGAAUUCCUGCAAGUUGAUCAAUAUGGCAGCUUGGUUCUGCAGACUGCUUUAAAGUUAUUGGUUGGAUAUGAGCAAGAGUUAUUACUAGCAAUUCCAGUUAUUCUUGGCUGCAAAGGGAACCUCAUAGACAACAAUGCUGCCAAAAGACUUUUAGGCUUGAUGAAAGAAACUGCCUUUAGCCAUAUGAUGGAGGUCAUCUUGGAUGUCUCCCCUGAAACUAUGUACGAUGAGUUAAUAACAAAAGUUUUCAAAGGCUCAUUAUUUGAGAUGUCUUCUCAUCACUGUGGGAAUUUCGUGGUCCAAGCAUUAAUUUCUCAUGCUAGAAGUGAAGAUCAUGUGGAGCUGAUCUGGAAGGAACUUGGCACAAGAUUUAAAGAUCUUUUUGGAAUGGGCAAGUCUGGGGUUGUUGCAUCACUUCUUGCUGCAUGUCACAAGCUUCAGACCCAUGAACACAAGUGCUGUCAAGCUCUCCUUGGUGCUGUAUGCAUGGAAAAUGAGCCCCCUAGAUGCAUUGUUCCUCGGAUAUUAUAUCUUGAUAACUACUUUUACUGCAAGGAUAAGUCCACCUGGGAUUGGCCAAGUGGGGCUAGGAUGCAUACAAUUGGGACAUUGCUUCUUCAGUCGGUUUUUAGAAUUCCUUGUGAGUUUAUCCAAGCCUUCAUCUCAAGUAUGACAUCAUUGGAAGAAGAUCAACUCCUUGACACUACAAAGGACUCCGGAGGGGCAAGGGUGAUUGAAGCUUUUCUUAGUUCGGAUGCUUCUGGGAAACAAAAGCGUAAAUUAGUCAUCAAACUUAAAGGACAUUUUGGAGAGCUUUGCGUGCUUCAAUCAGGUUCCUUUACUGUCGAGAAAUGCUUUGAUGCGAGCAGUGUCGCUUUGAGAGAGGUCAUUGUAUCAGAGAUGUUAGCCGUACAGGCAGAGCUCUCAAAGACAAGACAAGGUCCACAUCUCUUGAGGAAAUUUGAUAUUGACGGGUAUGCAAAACGACCUGAUCAAUGGAAGUCGAGACAGAUUUCAAGAGAAUCUGUGUACAAUGAUUUCAUAUCUACAUUUGGUUCAAAGGAAACAAAAUCAUCAAAAUAUGAUUCGUCUUUCACAGAGAAUCGUCCAAAAUCACAGCAAGAGAAGCUCAAGGACAUGAGGAAAGAGAUUGAUACUAAUCUAUCUUCAGCCACUCCAUUCCUGGCUCAGAAACCUUUUAAAAAGUCGGGCCAAAAGCGUCAUGCAGAUGGAACGGAGAGGGAUUCUGGGAAGUUCACCAAACAUACAGUGGAAGACGAUGUUACAAAAAGUAAACAAAAAUCACAUAGGAAAAGAAAACACAAUGCUUGACUUAAUUGAGUCGUUCAUCUGGACAUCCUUCAGAAAGAGAACUUAUCAAUGGCAUCACUAAAAAGGUGAAAGAUCGAGAAGCCUAGCUCUUUUUGUUGCUUAUUGAUAUAUCAAAUGUCUUCCUGUUUCAGUUUUGUUAGUUUACUUUUCCCAAUAGUUUGCACCAAUAUAGUGAAAGUGCAUAGCCUGUUUAGUCCUAUAUUCAGAAUGUAGUCGUUGGCUUUCCUUCUGUAUUCUACUCAGUUAUGAUAACGGAAAAUGUAAUAGAUGACUUCAUAUUUACAUUUCUAAA